AUGAAACAGAGGAACAAGAAAAAAGGCAAACAGCAAGCAGACACGGCAAAGCAGGUGGUGCCACCGGAGGCGGCGGACACAUGGCGCCACGUCCCCUGGGAGACGCAGGAGGAAGGGCUGGGCUUUGCGCUGCUCCUGACCAACCACAGCCGCGGGUGUGUGCUCAACUCCCAGAACCUCGUCAUCGAGUACCAGCGCAACGAAAGUGUUGAAUUCUGCCUGGCGCGGGCGCUGAGCAGGCCCUUGAGCUUCGUCAAGGACAUGCUUAAGGUCGAAGACGUCAGCACUGCAGGGUGCGUGACCAAGGACGACUUUGUGCGGCGCUAUCUCUCCCACGCCCUCGACCCCAGCAACUCGAGGGAAAAGGCAGCGUGCGAGCCGCGCCGGCCGAAGAUGGUGGUCUUCGAUUCCGUGCCCCUCCAACGCGAUUCCCAGCGCGUGCUGCAGCUGUGGGGCGUCAGAUCCGCCACCCAACCCCUCUCCGCCGCCAUUCGUCGGAGGUUGGCGAAGGAGCUGUACAUGGUGCACUGCGGCCGAAACAUGGACGAUCUGCUGCUGCGGGUGCCCGGCAUGAGCGUCGACCUGGUCGCCCGCUUCUUCAAAAGCGCCAGCAAGUUCUACCACGCCGGUCCGGCCGAGCUGGCCCGCAUCUACCCCGACUACUUCCAAUCGAGCGACUGUGGUCUGUACAUGAAGCACUCGCCCGGGUUCACGCAGCCGUCGUCGUGGACGUACGAAGAUAUGAGGAGACACGGCCUGGAGAGCGUCGACUUCGUGUCCCGUGACGCGGUGCCACUGCCGGAGGAGCGGGCGAUGCUGGAGCACGGCUGGAAGCUGGCUGGCGGCGUGGAGGGCUUUCUCAACGAGGGCCACAACACCUUCCCCUAUACCACCGUCGAACCCGAAAGUGAGGAAGAUGAGGAGGAGGAGUGUGGGGGCGCGAGGCGUCCGAUUCCGGCGGAGCUGGCCUGGUUGAUCUACGCCAUGGUGGCCAUCAGGAAGUGGGUCAAGCGCGGGCACCUCCGAUGCGUGGGUGUCGACGACGACGGCCUCCCCGCCUACGACCCGCACACGUUCUCGAUCAAGUUGGGCGAGGAGACGGUGCGUAUAAGGUUCCCCACGGUGAUGGAAGGGCGAGAAGCAGCCGCUGCGCCGCCGGCCUCGCCCGCAACUGCGGAUGGCCCAGACAGCACGGCGGCGGCGGCGGGGGAGCCACCACUCCCCGACGCUGGUAUGCAACGAUGCGCCAUGUGCGCCAAACAGGUCAAGGGAAGGAACACUGACGGCAAGUGCGGCGUGCAGGUGAAGUGGUGUUCGCGAUGUCGGGAGGUGGGCUACUGCAGCCCGGCGUGCCAGAGGGAGCACUGGCCCGCCCACAAACCCGCGUGCGCGCCCGCCAGCAUCACCGCAUCAGAAAGGCGACCAGCGGGUGGUGUUGCAUGA